UCCGUAAGAGCCCGUGUUAAAAUUUCAGUAUUUUGAAAACGUUUUUCAUAAAAUUGGGGUGGUCAAUGUUACUCAGAUUCCCUCAUAUGAUUUGCAGUCAAUCAAAGAACAAUCAGGUCUCACGCAAGAAUAACUAAAUAAAUAUUUGUCGAAUAUUUAUCAAAAGAUGGGAUUAAUAUUACACAUUUUCAUAAUUCAAUUAUCAUUUACAAUGAUAACUGUAAUAAAUUCGAAUCUGAUAUCAGAUACUCCCUUAAGAGAUAACGUGAAUGAUAAAGAAAAAUUAUUCGAAGUUCACGAAUUAUUUAAUAGAACACGGAGAACAGUUGUGACAACUAAAAAAGAGCAUCUUUGGAAUGGAGCUAUUAUUCCUUAUGUAAUUGAGGAUAUUUUUACUGGACUACAACAUAGAUUGAUAAAACAAGCAAUGCGUAUAUGGGAGGAAUCAACUUGCAUCACAUUUGUUGAAAGAAUCCCAAAUAUUCAUUCUAAAUAUAUCACGAUCACUAAAUUAAACUGCGGAUGUUGUUUCUUGUUGAAACCAUCAGUAAGAAAUGGUGGAUUUUUGAGUUUAAUAAAUAGUUGUGAUAAACUACCGAUCGUUCUACAUGAAUUAGGACAUGUAAUUGGUUUUGAACAUGAACAUAAUCGACCAGACCGUGAUGAUUAUCUUGAAAUAAUUAAUGAAAACAUAAUGAAAGGUUAUGAAGAUGAGUUUAAAAAACAAUCACCUCACGAAGUAGAAACAUUUAAUCAAACUUACGAUUAUCAUUCAGUCAUGCACUACCCUUCGGAUUCAUUUUCAAUUUCGUGGCCUUUUGAGACAUUGAUACCUAAGCAAGGAAUGCAAAAUGAGGUUCAAUUCAUGGGUGCCCAAAUAAAACUUAGUGAAGGUGAUAUAGCGACUACAAAUCUUCUAUACAACUGUCCCAAAUGUGGUGAGACCUUCUAUAAACCUACCGGCUCUUUUUAUUUUUCAAUGAAUUCGACUCGUUUGUUGAUGAAACCUACACAUUGCGAAUGGAGAAUUAGAGCUGCUCAAGGUGAAAGAGUUGAACUCGUAAUUACAUCAUUGAGUAUUUAUGAGACUCCUAAGUGCGCAGUCGAUUAUUUGGAAAUAAGAAAUGGUUACUCAUACAAUAACUCCGUCUUAGCUCGUUACUGUGGGGAUGUUAAUGUAGCUACUCUAACCGCCAGUAAUAUUUUGUCCGUGGCAUAUGUCAAAAUGAGUCAAAACAUUUCUAACAGUGGUUUCAAAGCAUAUUAUAGGACUAUUUGCGGUGGAACUGUUAAUAUUAAAACAAAUACUCCUUACAAAAUAGAAUCAACAAACUAUCCAGAUGCGUAUCCACCCAAUCAAAGAUGCAGUUGGCAUUUUACUGCUCCAGAUAAUCAUCGCAUAGCAUUAAGAGUUCACUUUUUUGAACUGGAAAUGAGUGACAAUUGUAUGAAUGAUUUUCUUAUGAUAAAAGCUGGCACUGAAUACAGUUCACCGAUUAUUCGAUUGGAAUGUGGAUCACAAGACUCUUGGCAAGUUAAUUCAACUGGUCCUGAAUUGUCAGUCAUAUUUUCCAGUGACAAGCUGAUUGAAUAUGCAGGAUUUUCAGCUACUUUAUAUGCAAUACCUUUAAAUAAUUGAUCGACUGAUCUAUAUUUGUCAGGCGUUCUCUCAAUUCAACCGAGGAAAAUUUCAUUGAUUGUACAUUAAAAAUUCACUGAUUUAUAGUGAAACUUACGCUCUGACAAAUAGAAGUUUCAUGUGUGCCAAAUAUAAAUGUAAUGCAUACUAUAUAGGGCUCAUUUCUAUGCCAUAAAAUACUACGUUCGGAGAUAUUGAGUUCCAAACUAGCAUAUUAUAAUGAUUAAGUAUAAUUUCCAAUUAGCUAUAAUACUAGGAUCACGGAGAUAAUUUCUUAAUGAACGUUAUACUCAGUAAUUUGGAGUAGUCCUGAGCCAUUCCAAAUUCUUAUAAGAAAUUGUUGUCUUGUAUUUUAAUUUCCAAUUAUUUUUGUUGGAAUUGUUUGUAACUUAAAUGAAAUUCCCGAUGAAAAAAGAUUUUAUACAAUUGUAUAAAAUUAUAUACAAAAAAUGGC